AUGAUGAACCCAUAUAAAACAGACCCAAAGGAGAUACCCACAACUGAUAUAUACGCGGAUGUACCCCUUUAUAGUCGAUACUACCCGAAACCAGAUGACUUCCGCGUUAACUUUCAGCAUAUCAAUUCCCAAACCACAGACUCUGCCUCUAUUAUCAGCCUUUGUACAGAGGAGAUCCAAAUUUAUCCUGCUAACGAGAGGGGCCGCGAUAUUUUUGCUCUUAGGGGCAUGAUAGUGAAAUCCAGCCACCUCCACGCGCGCAAUGGUACUACAUGCAUAGAGAUCAACUACUCAUACGCAGAUGCAAACGAAAUCCGGGCAAUUACUUUAGCAAAGACGGCUCUGAAUGGUGUCAGAGUUCCAGAGAUCUACUUUGCGGGCAAGAUUAACGGUCGCCAAGUACUCGUCCAAGAAAGGCUUCCAGGCGUCGGAUUAUCUGUUGCAUGGCCUUAUCUCUCAAAGGACCAGAGAGAGUCCUACAAAAAACAGGCUAGAGAGAUACUUCAUCAGCUUCACACUCUUAAACCUACAGAGAACCUCCAAACCCGCUCCCAUAUAGUGUCGGACCCCAACAUACUCGUAAAUAGUCGGAUCAAUCCAUUAGAAGGAGAAAUCCUUUUUUCAAGCGACAAUCAUAAUCCAGACAUAAGCUUCAUGCAUAACGACUUUACUACAUCUAAUUGUAUUGUUAACAGUAGCACGAUUAUAGGGCUGAUUGACUGGGAAAUGGCCGGAUACUUUGGAGAUGUACAUCGUCGGAUCAGAACUCCACAACGGGAGCAUUUCGUAAAUGCUCAUUUGAGAGAAGACGAGCUUCAGGAUAUUAUGUUCUGGAAUAAUUUAUACGAUGUGUAUGAAUCAGAAAGUUGA